GUUUCACAUCCGCAAGAGAGCGGCAAGGCAAGACGAAGUAAAGGAGGCAGUGUCGCGCGCGGACACAGUACUGAGUACUCUGCUCAUCUGCUGGCGAUGACUUGUUUCGAAUAAAGUUUUUAUAAUUUGUGAGAGUGCUCCCGUGAAUCCCGUACGAUAAGUGUUUUGUAAAAAUGCUGUAUAGGUGAACUAUUUGCAGAAAGAAUUGUGUUGUGAUAGUGUCUACCAACCUCCUUUUCUUUUAUCUUGUAUUCUCUUGAAGGUUGUAAAAAUGCCUUGCUCUGCAGUAACUUUGUCUAUAGCGACUAUUACAGCAAUCGUGGCCGCUGCUUUAAUGGCAAUAGCGUUUUCGACAGAUAACUGGUUGUAUAUUGAAGUACGACGUAACAACAUACAGACAUACGUGACGGAGAACACCGAUAUCAACUCUCAAGCCAUUCUCGAGAGCCUGAACACCAAGUACUUCUUCUACACGAGGACGCGGGGCUUGUUCCGCAUCUGCUACCCCAAGGAACGACCACCAACUGUUGAGAUUUAUCUGUCACCGGUGGAAACUCACUGCAGCAAUGUCGACUAUUUCAUCCCAGACGAGAACAACGAGACCAAGGGCCUUUCCGAUGAUGCUAUGAACAGGCUACAUAUGGCGCGUUCCACCGUCGCCCUAUUCAUCGUGGCUUUCCUGUCUCUCUUCAUCGCCUUCUGGACUGGAGUGGUCGGCUGCUGGAAGCGAAGCCCUGGCAACAUCACCGCUACUGCGAUCCUAAUGCUUGUUACAUGUUUAUUGGCUGCCGGUGCGAUGGCGUUAUGGCAUGGUGUGGAGUUCUACGAAAAAGAGAAAGUUGUCGGCGAAGAAUUUUACCAGCAGUGGCCUAACGUAUUAAAAGACAACUCAUCGAUUUGGUACGAUUGGUCGUACAUACUAGCCUGGUUGUCAGUCGGAGUUGCGUUUGGAAGCUCUGUUAUAUUCUUCUCAGCUGCCAUUUGUUUGAGCAAAGAGAAGCGGCGUGAGCAACAAAAUAACGUGCAGUACAUAAUGCCAGUGUAUCCCCAGAAGCAACAAUACGCUUACGCAGGCUAUCCCCCACCCCAGGCGUACCCCGGACCGUACUACCACGGCUCCCAGUACGGGCCCUACAACUACUGAGCAAGCGACCAGAUGAGGGACGUAGCGGCGGCUCACUUCGCCAACCCCCCUGCCCCGCAGGCCCCCGCCAGGAACCCCCUGAAACACCAACCAUCCACAUCCUCUAUGGACACGUUCAACUCACACUCCCGAGUCAAACGACCCAAACUCGG